UCGUCCUUUCAAGUUUCUGCUACGAUGGGGGACUCUCCGACCUCAGGCUCUCCGUCGGCUUCGUCGUCGUCAUCGGGCUCGGAGUACACACCCGAUGCUCUCCAAUCGCCUUCUCCCCGCUACCUCCGGUCGUGCCACAUAUCGCGGCCUCCGCUCGGUGCACAUGGGCGCCCGCCCGUCCACUCUAUCGUCACAUCCUCUCCUUCCGCAAGCACGAGCGCUCAUCCGGUGCGCCCCACGACGGACAUACGCGUCAGCUCCUCCGCGGCUGGGGUCCAGCCCAAUCCAGCGGGCGAGAAGAACCAGUUCCGGGUGCUAGUGAGGCAGCAGCCGACCGCUUUGGCUUCGGGUUCGUCGUUCGGCCCCAGCGGAAAGCUCAAGGCUAAACCACCCCGGGUUUUCGACACUAGCGACGACAUGAUGGAAGCCCUUCGCUUAGCCUGCGAUGAAAAUUUCGAGGUCGACUUCAGCGCGUCGUUCCUCGUCCCCCAGGUCGACGCUGAGUCUGUCUCAGACAAAGAGCGCGUCCGUCUAGCCUCCUUGGAUGUGUGGAAAGCCACCGGCUACCGAUUCACAGUGAAAGACCACCCGCGCACAGAUCGCGGGCACAAAACACGCCUGUGGUGCUCGCAGGACAUCGCGCGCCGCGCCAAGACCCGCGCGCUCUCCGACGCCUCGGCGCGCCAGACCGAGGCGUGCGCGAAGCAGCGCUUCUCGUGCCGCAGCCGGCUGAUGAUCACCUGUCUCCCUGAGGGCGCGCAGGGGACGAAGGUCGUCACCGUGCGGCUGCACCACUACGAGCGGCACGAAGGCUAUCCGCGCGACACCACGCCGGACACCGCGGUCUCCCCGCAGACGGAUGUCGCUGGGGCGGCGGCGUCGGGUUCUGACCAGCUGCGGAUGGAGAGUCCGACGCCGGAGCAGCAGCAGCAGCGGUAUGCGCCCCCGGAGGAUCCCGAGCCACGGCAGCUGCAGCACGUGGGCUCUGCUUUUAUGCAGGGCGUCAAUGGCCCGCUCCCGACGCACAUGCUUUCUCUACCGGACGACGGAUUGCACGCUGAUUGGGAGCCCUCAAUUGAUCCGUCGAUGACGAUGACGUCUGCGCUGCAUUCCCACUUCCCCCAUCAGCCGGCGAUACACCUCCCGGCCGAAAGCCCCCUUGCCAUAGCUCCGCCCCCGCCGCCGUCUGUGGCGACGGCGAGCCACAUCUCCUCCCUAGAUUACCACCGCAUGGACACCCAAAAUCUACAGUACACGCAGUCCUCCCAGCCACACCACCCCCUAAUGAUGACACAGCCAGCGCUAGACGACCCGGUCGCAGAAUACCCGCCCGACCUGACGCUUACGACGGAAGAGUUCCGGCGUCGGAUGGUCCGGCACAUAUCGCAGAUCCGCCAGUUCGCAGAUGGACUGGAAUACCAACUGCAGUUCAACGACUACCGCAUGCUGGCUGCGCUCGAGAUCCAGGCAGCGCCGUUUGUGGCGCUGGUGCAGAGCUGCCUGCGUACCGAGGGCAGGAUGGGUUGAUUGUCGGCUGUUGUUUUUUACGUUCUCCUUUUCGCGCGCAUCGUUGGUCGGGCACUGCGCUGAUGGGUUUUGUUGUUGCUGUCGCUGUUGUUUCGUUUUCUCUCAGUGUAUGGCUGCCGCCGGUGUAUUUCUAGCUUCGUUCGUGAUGUACUACUAUAUACAGUGAGCUGUAUU